CACGCCUGUUUACAGGAAGAAGAAGAAGAAACAGUUGUUGAGCUUUCUCUUCGUUGAAUUGCUCAAAUGUAGCAGUUGUUUGGAUCCUCAUUCACACUUCGAUUCAGUUGAAUCUAUGUCACCUAUACAUACGAAUACCUGCGUAUGUAUACUGGUUGAUUUCAGACAGAUACCGUUGGAUUGCGCAUCUGUGUUCUGAUGGCGGCGAAUUACAGCACAUCCCGGAGUCCGGGAAGCUCGAAGUUUCAGUUGGGCGGAGGAAGUGUGAGUCUCGCGUCGAGAUUGAGAUCCUCGUCUUCGAAGAAGCCGCCGGAGCCGCUGCGCCGAGCUGUGGCGGAUUGUCUAUCGGCUUCGGCUCCCACCGCGCACCAUGGAACGUCGUCGGCCUCUUCUGAAUCGUCUCGGACUCUCCGGGAUUACUUGGCAUCACAUCUCACAACUGACUUGGCUUAUGGUGUAAUUUUAGAUCAUACUCUAGCAGAACGAGAACGCAGCCCUGCAGUGGUAGCAAAAUCUGUGGCACUUUUGAAACGGUAUCUUUUAAGGUAUAAACCAAGUGAAGAUACACUACUACAGAUUGAUCGGUUCUGCUUAAGCAUAAUUGCGGAAUGCGAUAUGACUGCAAACCGGAAACUGGCACCAUUAUCACGUUCUUUACGCCAACAAAAUGCUGCAUCACUAGCAUCUAUUACUGUAUCUCCUUUACCCGUGUCAAGUUUUGCAUCAGCUGCCCUUGUAAAGUCCUUACAUUAUGUCCGCUCUCUGGUGGCUCAACAUAUUCCAAAGCGGUCAUUUCAACCAGCAGCUUUCGCUGGGGCUCCUUUUGCAUCAAGGCAAGCACUCCCAUCAUUGUCAUCUUUAUUGAGAAGAUCAUUCACUUCCCAGCUAAACCCUUCAAAUGUCAAAGAGUCUCCAAAAAAUAAAGAGAUUUCUACGGUAUCUGCUUUUUCACCAAUUCUUGAAGAAGUUGAUACCCUGGAAGAUCGGGAUUUUAUGCCAGGUGAUGUUUUUAAGUGGCGCUGGUCCAGAGAACAACAGCAAUCACUAUCUUUGCCUAAGAGCGAUCAAGUUUUGAAUCCCAAAGAUGUCUGUGCACAUAACUUCCUAGAAGUGGGUGCUGCAGCUCUUCUUGUAGGGGACAUGGAAGCCAAAAUGAAAGGUGAACCUUGGAGAGCAUUUGGCAGCAAUGAAAUGCCUUACUUAGAUCAACUAUUGCAGCCGUCUUUGCUUCCGACUGUCACAAAUUCUGCCUCUGCUCGUGCACACUUAAGAGCAAUAACAGCACUAAAACGUUCUAAAGCAGGGCCUAAUCAGAUAUGGGAGGAUUCUCCAGUGAGCACCUUCCGUCCUCGUACAAAGCCACUUUUUCAGUAUCGGCACUACAGUGAACAACAACCUUUGCGAUUAAACCCCACAGAAGUCUGUGAAGUUAUUGCUGCUGUUUGCUCAGAGACUCCUGCUCCAAAUGCUUAUUUCAUGACGCUCUCAUCUAAAAUGAAUAACAGUGGAAAGCCAUCUAUAGAUGUAGCUGCGAGUGUUCUUGUUAAACUUGUAAUUGACAUGUAUGUUUUAGAUUCCAAGCUUGCUGCUCCUCUUACUCUAUCAAUGCUUGAGGAAAUGAUAAAUGCUCCUCAGCCAGGCUCAAAAGAUAGGGCAUUUGAUUUAAUUCUUAAUCUUGGAAUCCACGCCCACUUAUUGGAGCCUCCAGCAGCAGACGAGGCUUCCUCAAUUGCAGAAGAAUAUUCUGAAGAAGCAUAUUUUGACUGCGAAACUCAAUUUUCACCAGAUAGGAAAAAGCCAUUAGGAAAUAACUCGGCUAUUGAUAAAUUUGAAUGUUGGAUAUUAGGCAUUCUUUAUGAGGUUCUUCUUCAUCUUGUCCAGAUAGAAGAGAAAGAAGAGUCCGUAUGGGCUUCUGCCCUGAGUUGUUUACUUUAUUUUGUAUGUGAUAAAGGCAGAAUUCGAAGAAGCAGACUUAGAAGCCUUGACAUUAGAGUUGUUAAGGCACUCUUACAAGUUAGCAGUAGAAAUUCUUGGGCAGAAGUAGUUCAUUCCAAGCUAAUUGGCAUGUUCACAAAUAUGUUCUAUGAAAUACCAGAGGAAUCUGAUAAAUCUAUUUCAGCUACACCUGUUUUUCUUAUUCAGCAAGUUGAUCUGAUAGGUGGAAUUGAAUUCAUAUUUGCAGAGUUAAUGCUGUCAAACUCUAGGGAAGAGAGGAGGAAUCUUUACCUAGUUCUCUUUGAUUAUGUUGUGCAUCAAAUCAACGAAACAUGCAUGAUGGCUGGAAUUUCUGAAUAUAGUGAUAAUGAAGUUCAACCUAUUGCAACACUGCUUAUGCUUGCAGAUGCACCAGAAGCUUUACACAUUUCCAUCAAACUUGGGGUGGAGGGUAUUUUGGAGCUUUUGCAAAGAUCCAUAUUUACACCACUGUCCAAAUGUUCUGGUAGUGAUCGGCUUAUUACGUUCUUGGCACAAAUUGUUGAGAAAUUGGAGGUGCUUAUAAAGUCAUUUACACAUCUAGACAAAGAGUUUGCUCAGUCGAGGCAAAUAACCAAAUCACUCAAAUCUUUGAAAAGCAUGGAUGAAGUUUUACUUAUGAAAAAUGGAUUAGAUGGAGUUUCCGGAAACAGCAUUCACAUAAAAGCAAAACUCUCUUGGGCUACAUUACAUUCACUUCUUCAUUCAAAGAGAGCUGCUUGUCGUCAUAAUGGCCAUCUAUGGUUGGGUGAUCUGCUGAUUGCAGAAAUUGCUGAGGGAAAGGAUGAAAGUAUAUGGUCAAGCAUCAGAAAAUUGCAGCAGAAAGUUGAAGCCCUUGCCGAUGUUAAUGAUUACUCACCCAAUUUAGAUAUCCCUUUAUCCAUUUGGCUCAUGUUUGGGAUGCUGAAGUCAAAAAACAACCUUAUUAGAAUGGGAUUCCUUUUUGUUUUAGAGAGGCUUCUCAUGCGGUGUAAAUUUUUGUUGGAUGAGAGUGAAGUCCAACAUGUGAUCGGCGGUGACACUAUUGAAAAUCUACAUGACAAGAGCCGCCUUGAAAAAGCAAAUGCAGUAAUAGAUAUUAUGAGUAGUGCAUUGUCCCUGAUGGCCCAGUUAAAUGAAACAGACUGCAUGAAUAUAUUGAAGAUGUGUGAAAUUCUGCUGUCACAAUUAUGCCUUAAAGUGCUUUCCUCUACAUCUGGUGUUAAAGAAACUGGCUGGAGUAAGAAGGGUGAUGCAGGGGAUCUUCAUUCUCAGCAUCUUGAGGAACCUUUCAAAGAACCCAAUACCAAAUAUGGAAAGAGUAAAGACCCGCAACUAUGUGAAACUGCAUCCAUGUCAACACUGCUUCUUCAUGGGCAAGCUGUUGCUCCUAUGCAAUUGGUUGGACGCGUCCCUACUGUUCUGUUUUAUUGGCCACUAAUUCAACUUGCUGGUGCUGCAACAGACAACAUUGCAUUAGGUGUUUCGGUUGGUAGUAAAGGAAGAGGAAAUGUUCCUGGUGCCACUUCAGAUAUACGAGCUACACUAUUAUUACUUUUAAUUGGUAAAUGCACGGAAGAUCCUGCAGCUUUCGAAGAUGUUGGAGGAGAACCAUUCUUUAGAGCAUUACUGGAAGAUAUAGAUUCAAGAGUUGCAUAUUACUCUUCUACUUUCCUUCUAAAGAAGAGGAUGUCUGAAGAACCUGAAAGUUACCAGCGUUUGCUACAUAAUCUUGUUUCAAGAGCUCAGCAGAGCAACAAUGAAAAAUUAUUGGAGAAUCCGUACCUCCAGAUGCGGGGCAUACUUCAACUAUCAAGUGACUAAUCCUAUGUCUUUUCUCACCUUCAACAAUCUGCCAAGUGCCAACUGAAAAUUAUUGAUGCAUUUCAGUUGUAGUAAUAACAAAAUUCCAGUGCUGGAAAAUCCAUGGCCAAUGUGCAGUUCUUUAUUCUAUCAGGCUAAAAUGAGGUUUGACCAUUAUGCAAAGCAUACACUUGAUUCUGUCCACUAGAGAUAUGUUGAAGCCCAUGGUGUUUUGUGGAAGCAGUGUCGGGAACUCUAGCCCAAGUAUGUAGGAGGUGGUUAAGAAGCUCCAUGUUUCACUCAAAGCAUUUGAAGGCUGGUGGCAUAUUUCAAGAAUGUGUAGGCAAAAAGAUGACAAGGAUGUUGGUUGACUUUCCCAAGGAAGUUCCAGCAUCGAGCCAUCUUCAGCAGGUAACUGUAUAUGACUGCAUCAACUUUUAGAUAUGGUGAAUAUUGUACAGUACAUACAUCACCGAGGAGCAUACAUCCGUGUUUUUCACCCCACGGAGGAUGGAGGCCGCGAUGGUGUUUGUGGAAUUGUGUUUUACUUAAAGUAGAAUAACUUAGGGAUCCUUUGAGGAUGGAUUUUACUCCAUCCAGAUGCUGCAACAAAGUGAUGCCAUUUUUGUCCUCUCCAAACACUCCCUAACUUGUGGUAAAUAGGUUCUCUUUAUCUGUGUCCAAAUGCAUUAAGCUUUGAUUUUUUUUGAAGGUUUUUUUUUAAUUUUAAAGAAGUUAUUGCCCUCCAUACCUAUUGUGUAGUAAUGAAGGGCUAUAUAUAUAUAUAUUCUCAUGAUAUAGAACUACAAAUGAAUUUUCAAGUGGCUAUUUUGGUUUAGCAUUUUUUCCUGUAUUACUUUAGCAAUGGUGUUGUAGAAGAUGUAAUGAAUGCUAAAUCUGCAAAGAAUGGUGUAAAUUGAGGAACACUGCACACUUUGGAUGGAAUGAAUUAGUAGUAUACUC